GGAAAAAAAAAACAUAAAUCAGUCUCUUAGGGUUUUUGCUUCUAGAAGAAACCAUUGAAGUUCUGCGGAAGACGAACCGUCGUGCUCCGCUGCCAAAUUCGUCGUCGAUAACACGCAAGAAUGACUGAACUUACUAAAGGGAACCCGAAGCAGCCUCGUGAUUCGAGAGUCUUGUUGCCCAAGUCUGAGAUUACCAUCCCUCCCAAGGCUGUUUCUGAUGAUGCCAAAACGAAACGUGAUGAACCUGAGGCUAAUAUGGUUGGGAAGAGUGUACCACAACUAGAGGAAACUAUGGAUAAUGCAGUUUCAUACAUCUAUUCUGUGAAGGAAGCGUUUCAUGAUGAACCUGCAAAAUAUGCCGAGUUUCUCAAGAUCUUGGAUGCUUCUAGAGCUCGUAGAGACGAUGCUGAUAGUUUCAUUGCAAGGAUGAAGGAACUCAUGAAAGAUCAGCCGGAACUGCUUCUUGGUUUAAAUGUCUACCUGCCUGCGGCUAAACCAACAACUCCUCAUAAGGCUAAAAGAGGCACCCCUCCUGAGGCUAGUAGAACCACCCCUCUGAAGAUUAAGAUAGCACUUCCACGAAUGGCUAGCAGAACCAUCACUUCUGAGUCUGAGAAACCUACAAACUCUGAUGAACUGAAUUUUAUGGACAAGCUUAAGACAAGGUUUCAGAGAAUUGAUACUCAUGUAGUUGAGUCGUUUCCAUUUAUAAUGAAAUUGUAUGAGGAAGGAAAGAAAUCAGUAAAGGAGGUGCACGAAGAGGUCUAUGAUCUUCUCUAUUACCAUGAAGAUUUGAUUGAGGACUUCUCCAGAAUCUUUCCUAAACACGGAUCCUUUCAAAAUUAAAAGCUUCAGUAGAUAUUUUGAGACUAAAGACUAAAGUUUCAUGAUUCAAUGUUCCUUCUAGUAUGUGUGGAAAAGGAUAACCAUUCUUUGAAAUUAAAUGAUGUACAUGUAUAAACGAGA